AUGUGGGUCCCACUUGCUUAUCAGGAAUCAAUUCCUGACGAAACCUCUUAUUCGAUACCCAAGGAGGGAGGUGGGUAUCAGAAUCAAGUUAUAGGCAAAAAAGAAGCAGAGACACAAUAUACAGAUUCACAAGCCUCUGGUCUCUUUCUUUCUUUAUCAAACAUGGAAGACGAUUGGGAUCUCACCGCCGUGGUGAGAGGCUGCUCCACCGCCACUACCACCACCACCACCACCACCACCACCACCACCACAAAGCCAACCACCUCUUUCAUCUCAGACCUUCAUCACCACUUCCACUCUAGCCCUCUCCUCUCUUCUUCAUUUGGUCAACAGGGCUUUGUCUCCAACAACACUAGUCAAACCCAAACACAAACCCAAAGCUUCUCUGUUCUUCCUAUUGUUCCAGAUCCCAUUAAACCCACAAGUGCAAUUGAGGAACUGCAUGAUCUUUACAAGCCAUUCUUCCCCAAAUCUCAUCACAAGAUUCACACCCCAUCUCUUCUUUCUCCUCCCCCACAAAUCACUCCACAACCUAAUUUCUCCUCCCAUCAACAACUCCACAAACAUCAGCCUAAGCUUUCUGCCACUAAUACCACUCAACGCUCCAAAAAGAGAAAGAACCUGCUUAAGAAAGUGUGCCAAGUACCAGCAGAGUCUCUGUCUUCUGAUGUUUGGGCAUGGCGUAAAUACGGACAGAAACCCAUCAAGGGAUCACCAUAUCCGAGAGGCUACUACAGAUGCAGCAGCUCAAAGGGUUGUAUGGCCCGGAAGCAAGUGGAGCGGCACAGAUCCGACCCGGGAAUGUUCAUAGUCACCUACACGGCGGAGCACAACCACCCUGCACCAACUCACCGCAACUCUCUUGCUGGGUCCACGCGUCACAAGCCUGUCUCUUCUCCUCAGUCGGGCUCCGUCACAGGCGGUGACUCUACCAAGCCCAAGGGUGGCUCUCCGUCGUCACCGGCCACGUCAGCGGAGGAGGAGGUUGGUCGGAGCGUUACAAUGAUGGAUGCUAAAGAAGAGAAACAGAGUCCUCUGGCUGAUGAAGACGAAACAGAGUUUUUUCGGGUGUGUGAUACGAUUGUGACCGAUGAUUUCUUCGUGGGUUUGGAUGGACUUGCCGGAGACUACUUUUCCGAUCACUCUACGGCGAGCUUCGGCGGCCCAUGGAGUACUGCCACCGCCGCCAGUAGUAUCUGAUUCGUAGAGAAAAGUCAGCUCUUUGGACAAAAAUAUUGGUUUUUUUUGGUUUCUUUUUUUGGGUCAGAGGGAGAAAGGGGUGUAACUAUGGGUGGAAUCUUUUGAUUUUAACAGUGGUUAAAUAUGAGGGUUAUUUAGUACGGUAAAAAGGGCUUCUAGUUUUUUUUUAGAUGAAACAUCUUUUCUUCAAUUAUUGGUUUAUUUUUGGUUUGAGACUUUUGGGAGUAAAGUUAAUGGUAGUGAUUUAACUACUACAAAGAAGAAUAGUGGAACUUUGUU